AAAAGAAUUAAAAAUACUGAAACCACAGGGACAACAUUCACCACAACUCAGAUACAGAAACGUUCGGAAAGAGAGAAAAAGAUCAAUUCCCACCACUCCGCAUCCAUCCACCGCCGCCGCCGCCGCCGCUGCCGCCCCUGAUCGCCCCCAGAAUCCAACAUAUCCGUUUACGUAACAAAAUGAAAUCUUUUGCUUUUUCGUUUGAAUUUAUGUGAUGAUCCCUUCUGGAUGUGUGUUUUUUUUUUUCAGACCAUCAUUUAUUUUCAGCUCAAUAAUGUCUGCCCUACUUCUGUGUCUCUGAAACUUAAUAUCAUUUCGCAAAUUUUCUUUUUUCUUUUUUGUCGUAAUAAAAUUAAAAACCCCAUCUUGUGGUAGAAAACCCUAGCUGAUUCAUGCAGAGAAGGGGGAAGUUCUUGAAGCCUAAAACGCUCUCCAUUUAGUAUUUCUCUAAGAUCCCAAAAAACCCUUUUUGUUGCAAAUCGAUUGGUUGAGAGAUGCAGCGUGGGCGAGAUGAUCAAGAUCGGAGAUUGAAGGCUCUACAAGCGCAAAAUCAAGCUCAGCCACAGCCACAAAAAUGCCCUCGUUGUGAUUCUCUCAACACAAAGUUUUGUUAUUACAAUAACUACAGCUUAUCUCAGCCUCGUUAUCUUUGCAAGACUUGUAGAAGGUACUGGACUCACGGUGGUACUCUCCGUAACGUCCCCGUCGGCGGUGGCUGCCGGAAGGGUAAACGACCCAAGCAAUCUUCUCACUCAUCCGACAACUCCAACUCACAACCGUUGCCAUCACUACCGCUGCCGCAGAUAGUCCAAUCCAGUUUAACAACAACUCCGCCGCCCGUAAUUUUCUCGGGUACUCCCGUCAUCACGCCGUCCUCUUUUUUCAAUCCUGUUGGAGAAUUGGGGUCAUCUUCCAGCUGGGUCAAUUCAUUUGGAUCAUCACAAGGGCAGCGUCCAAUUCAACCACCGGAAAUAAUCUACGAAAUGAUGGACCAAUCAUCAGGGAAGGCCGCCGUGAGUUCAUCUUCUCAAGCAGGGUGGUCGGAAAGUUACAUCAACAAUUAUAUUUCAAACCCAAUCGCCGCAGCAGCCGGAGAGAACAUUGUCUGGACACCAAACAACAACAACAACAACAAUACCGCCAUGGCGGCCACAGGCAACCCCACGAACAAUAGUACUACAAUUAACCAGUGGCCUGAUUACAUGGCAGGAUUCGAUCCACCCCCAUGACAUGAUCGAUCACAAAUCUGAGGAAUUCGAUUCUUUCGUUUCAAAAAAAAAAAAAAAAACAUACCUUUGAUAUUCCGUAUAUAUAAAUAGCUUUGACUCAAGAAAUUCUCGGCGAUGAAGUUGAAGGUAAUUUGACAAAUGGUCUAAGAACAAGCAUAGGUUGUGAUGUAUAUUAAUAUAGGUUUGUUUGUGUUCCAACGCUACUUUUUUGGUUUGAUUGAAGAGAGUAAUUAUGAUGUGGUUAUGUUUUCCGAGCACUUUAGCUCGUUUAACUAAAUUCACUGC